CUGAGCUGUUUGAUGAUGAUGAUGAUGAUGAUGAUGAUGAUGAUGAUGAUGAUACCACCAUCUUUUGGUAGUUAAACUGCAAUAGUCUGCUCAUCGCCUGGAAAAAGAAAUCAUAAAGUAAAAAUGUUACACUAAGAGUGUUAUGGUUUGAACCUGUCAUCAAGAGCUUAUUGGGAUUGUAGAAGUUACCAACCCUAUAUGGAAAAGCGGAUCAACCAAAAGGAGUGAUGACCAUCAAUCUCUUGAUAAAUCCGGAUGAUAGUUUCCAUGCCUCAGGACGUCCAGUUGGGUACUUCACACCAAUUCCUGGGAUCGGACUUUCAUCCACUUAAUACCCCUCUUUGCUUGUACUGCUAAAAGCCUUCCUAACUAAUCACGAAUGGCUACUCAAAGGAAACACUUGGUGAAAGAUUUCAAUCCUUACAUCACCUGCUAUAUCUGCAAAGGGUAUCUUAUCAAGCCAACCACAGUGACGGAAUGUCUCCAUACCUUCUGUAAGACUUGUAUUGUACAGCACUUUGAAGAUAGCAAUGACUGUCCAAGGUGUGGCAACCAAGUACAUGAGACAAAUCCCUUAGAAAUGCUGAGGUUGGACAAUACAUUAGAAGAAAUUAUAUUUAAGCUGGUCCCUGGACUACGAGAACAAGAACUUGAGCGUGAAUCUGAAUUUUGGAAGAAAAAUAAGCCUCAAGAAAAUGGACAAGAUGAUACUUCAAAAGUUGACAAACCUAAAGUGGAUGAAGAAGGUAAUGAAAAUCAAGAUGAUAAAGAUUAUCACAGAAGUGACCCACAAAUUGCUAUUUGUCUAGAUUGUUUACGAAAUAACGGACAAUCGGGGGACAAUGUAGUAAAGGGUUUAAUGAAGAAAUUCAUUCGAUGUUCUACACGUGUGACUGUGGGAACUAUUAAAAAAUUUCUAAGUUUAAAGCUAAAACUUCCAAGUUCUUAUGAGUUGGAUGUGCUGUGCAAUGGUGAAAUUAUGGGAAAGGAUCAUACUAUGGAAUUCAUCUACAUGACGAGAUGGCGACUGAGAGGCGAAAAUCCUCUGCUUUCAUCAUGGACUCAUGUUCUUCCUGCUCACCUUUUCUUGGUUUCGGUGUCUGAACUGCUCAGCUUCGCAAGUCUGCUCUCAGGAUGGCCCUUUGUAUCAGUCCUACCCCAUGGUAUUGCAGUAUCGACCAAGAAUUGAUUUCGGUUAGACCAAAGGGCCUAGAUCCCACCGAGAUGAAUCCUGCACUAUUUGUUUACUCAUCGACAGAUUGCACAGUGAACGGUGUGUGGACUAGAGGGACACAACCAGAUUUUCAGCAUGCAAAUAAGGCCACUGUCUGUCUGAAUUGUCAGUUGCAUUUAUGUUAUUUUUAUUAAGAGCAAACCAAGUGCCAUUCUGCUACUGAACCGUCUGCAUAAGGUAUUUGUGCUGUCUCACAGUGUACAAUCAAUCAUGGUUACAAUCAGUUAGGUAUGCAGCCAUGAUCCAGCCAUCUGAAUAUUUUGCUUGCUUGUUCUAAGAUUGUUCUAAUGUUUGACUACACUAGUAAUAUGGCUCAGUCUCUGUGGUGUUGUAGUUUUCAUGUGCUAUUUUAUUAAUUCUUGUUUAAAUAGAGUACUGUACAAGAAACUAAUAAUUAUACCUUGAAAUUAUUUUGUAUGGAAAAUAUAUUUAGACAACUGGUUUUUGAGCCACUGUCCUGUUCUUGGUAAGUUUUUUGUGUACAAAAGUAGUUUACUCAAGUGUGCAAGUCCUUUUGGGAAAAACUCAUUAUUCUUUAACAUUAAUGCACAUUUUAAACAUUUUCAGUCAUCUGUCUGUGUAGUUUACCAAUUGCAGAAGAAAGGCAUACUAGCCCUCUCGAUUGAAAAUGUAUGUGACUUCUUAGAGAACUGAAGUUAGAUUCACAAGCAUUUGAAACAUUGGCAGCUGAUCAUAUUUACUUUUAACAAAACAAAUGUAUGUGUAAGGUUAAUUUUUCAUAAUGCCUUAUGACAAGCAGGUGCUGCUUCAUGAAACAUCAUUGUAUAGUCCAUUUUACGUGCAUCUUUAUAUGGUUGCUCUCAUUUGAGUACAUUCUCUUUUUAAGUUGGCCUUAGGUGUGUGUCAUUGUGGCAUGCAGAGGAUUUUGAUGAUUUUAAAUAUUAGGAUUUUUAGAACAGAUAGCACUAGCUAUUUUAUGGAUUUCAAAAGUCUCAAAGCAACUGUAGAUUAAAAACUGUUAACUUAUUACAUUUCCAAACCAUAUGCAUAAAAUAGAAUAAAUACAUUGUAGCACAUAAAUAUGCUAACCAAGGUAAUGGGUUUAAGGAUAUUUUAGCUGCUAUCAUAAUCAGGAUGCAGUGGAAUCACUGAUUUAUCCACAAGUUUAGUUAACAAUCAGAGCUGUGGUUAAUAUCAUUGAUUGUAACUUCUGUUAAGUCUUCCAUUCAUUUUGAGAUUAGGUUGCAAGUCCAAGAAAACCAUGUUAUGUUAAAUGAAGAACUUCAUUUUAAACUUUUUACAUUUUACAAUUGGUUUCAAAAAACUUCUUUGGAAGUUUUACUAAUUGCUUCAAAACAAGUUAAUGUCUCAGACUUAAGAAAAAGCCUCACAAGUUAGGGAAAAUACUUAUUUUAAAAAUCAGACAUGAGCACAAACUCAUGUUUUUGUACUCAAUAAGGUAGAUGUAUUACAUUUUCUAGUAAAAUGCAUCGUAAAGUCAUGCCUCCUGAAGCAUCAAGAUGCUUAGAAAUAUACUUUAAAAGCGCAUACAAAAUACAAAUAUUGAUGCAUUUCACAGUAUAAAAGGCUGAAACUUCAUUAUUAUCUUUCCUAUAUAUUUUUAUUUCAAGUCAGAAGUCUGUUAAAAUUUUUUUGUUCUGAUUUUGUCAAAAAGUUUAUGGCAAUAAUUUAUUAAUUUUAUUUUGUUAACGUGUUUAUUCUUAGAAAGGCUCACUUGCAGAAUUUUAAAAGCAGACUUUUUAACUCUCUAAAUGGUUGGAACAGACCUUUGUACUCAACCAAAUACUAAUUAUCUAGCUACAAAAGUUUCGCUCUACUGUGAAAUCUAGUGCCCUGAAAAUUUUUCUCACAUUUAAAUUUAUUACAUCUAAGUCAAUGAUUUUCAUAAGUGGAAGUUACUUUUAGUAUAGUUAAUUUAACGCAAAAUGAAGUGAGAAUGCAUUUUAAAAACCACAAUUGAGACCUGUUUGGGCUCCCAACCAAAACUUAUUGCCUUCCAGUUUUGUUUAACAUCUCUGCAAAAUUCAUGUUACCUUCAUCAUAUGUAAUUUCACUACCUUCCAAGGAAGUUCAUAGAAAGCAGUUAUAGAAGUAAAAAUAGUUAUAUAUAAAAUUCCUUUUUUAAUGUUAACACAGUAAUGUUUUUGUUGAAAAAUAAUGGAGUAUGUGCCAAAAUAUGUGAAAACCUUAAAGAAGGGCAUCGACUCAUUUGUGAAAGGCACACAUUUUGUGAUGGCUCCAAGUAAGGCAGGUAUUAUUGUUGGAACCAUAGACCUCUCAAGCUGACCUCCUUGGGUAUCUUCAACAUAACUUUCUAAGUAUGGGACUACAUCCAUGUCCAGUAACACACUAAAUCCAUGGUUGUUGUCUGAGACAGGCUGUGGAUUUAGCAAGAAACUAGGUACAGAAGAAAUUCAGUAAACUGUUGUGGCUAGCUUUAUAAAUUUUGGGUGCUAAUAAAACAAACUAUAUAAAUCGAUAGUCAUCUGAAUCUGCAGAGUCAAAGAAUAAAACCAAAUUAAAUUCUCUUUAAUCUGUUGUUUCUUAAAGCAAUAAACUGAAGGAACUUUACUUCCAUAAUGUUUUCUCUGUUUUAGAUAUCAUAGAUGUAAAGAGGUCAAGAAACCAUGGCUAUAAAGAAGGCCUGUUACAGCCAUCACUUUAAUAGAAGUAAUCAAUCAUCAUAGGCUAAUAGGAAAAUCAUAAUAUGGACUUUUCUCUAGACUAACAAAAUAUGUGUAAGAAGUGUGAAAAUUGAACUAAAAUACUUGUAAAUGAGGUAGUAUUGGAUCUUGCAGUCUGCAGUGCAGUUACCAUGGGGUAAUGUUCUUUCCCUUUAGAAAAGCUUCUUUAUUCAUUGAAAAUUUGUCCUAUACUAAUAUGCCACCCUUUAUUAAAGUAAUGCAUUUUCUAAACUAUAUUAUACAUUCAAAUGUAAUCUGAAUGUUUAAGAAAAAGUGAGUUAAAUCUUGUGAACUUUCUAGCUUUAUUGAAAUAUUUAAGAGAAAGUGCCUCAUUGCUAAAGUGCAUUUCUGUUUUAGAUUUACUGCGUGAAUUUUGACUUCUCUGUUUCUAUCUCUUACAAAUAACAGCGUAUUUAAAUACUCACUAGCCAAUUAAAGUGAUUGCUAAGAAAGUAGAUAUCACCAAAGACAUUUUAUCUUUAAUAAUCAUGUUGGAGAGACAGUUUUAAUAGUUUGGAGGCUGGAAACUUUCAGAUUAAUUUUAUAGUUUAGCAAUAACACUGAUUAAUUGCUAAGAUAUCACCAAAGAAAGGCUUUCAACUAAAUUUUCAUAGUGAGAUUAGUGUAGGUUUUUCUUGCUAUACUCAAAGUAUAGUUCCUUUUAAAGACUUCCAUUGUCUUUAAGCACCCUCUGACAGAUCUUAGGAAAUCUUCAAAGGUGAAAAAAGUAAAACAACAGACUGGAUGAAAAUGGGAGCAAUACAUACUUUGAAAGUAAAAUUGAGAUUUUAAAUUUUAAUAUGAAAAAUAUUCCGUGGAGGCACUAAAAUCUAAAAUUACAUUUAGUUCUGGGUUCUUAGUAUUAUGAGAAGUUGUUUUGAAGACAGACUUUGAUAAAAUUGCUGAUGUUCUUACUUGCACAGAAAAUCUAUUGGACUUACAGAAAUAAGUGCUAUUUCUGUAUUUCAAAGCAAAAUUUUCUAGAGCCUUCCCCCCCCCCCCCAAAGGUAACUCCUGUCUUCUCAGCAGUUACUUUAUUAGAAGUUAGCCAUACAGCCAAACCCGGCAAAAUGGCUGCAAACCAACAGCACAUACACUGAGCAUUAAACCCUCUCAAUUAGCAUUGCAUUCUCCUUGGGAGCUCAUGCUGUGGGCCACUGUUCAGGCAAU